CUUAGUCCCACGCCAUGCGAAGCAACUCGAUAGGAAGAGCUACGAUAUCUUAUCACGAACCCAUAUAACAGUCGAGUAAACACACUCAAAAAGUCCACAAGGCUCUUCUGUUAUUAACCACCAAGCCACUGCUAUUGACCACUCUCUGGGGGAAAAAAUGAACCUGAAAUCCCUGACCUUACUCCUUACUGCCGCUGCAGUCCCUCAGGUCGUAGUUGCGGGUCCGUGUCUCUAUGCCAUUUGUCAGGCAGGAUGCAUUGGCUUGGUUGUCACUUGCUAUGCCGGCGCCGGGUUCACGCUCGUAGUCGCACCCCCUUUAGCAGGUCCUGCGGUGAUAGCAUGCAAUGUGGCCUUUGGGGGUUGCACGUUGGCUUGUGCUGCGCUUAUGUUUGCACCCACUCCCUGAGUGAGUGCAAUCAUGAAUGUGGCAACCAGAAUCCAUAGGCCUUUUCUUGCGUAACGAGGACGGCGUCCUUGUUCUAGCGUGAUAGCACGAUGCAGAAUGUCAGGGAUUUGGACACUCUGAGUUUAAACACCGUUUGAUGACAAAGCCCAGCCCGCUCAUUGCUGAUCAACGUCUCCCGCCUGCCCGCCUGUUGUUGGAAUACUGCAUUCAUGCUCCGCCCCAAGUCUACUUUAUGACAAUGCCAUGCCUGAUACCCAUCUCUUUUAUCUGCC